GGCACGUUCCAGAGCAAAGGAAGCUGAGAGGGAAGGCAACACUCCUUUCCUCUUAGACCAUCGGGACGCUCUGUUGCCAAGCAUGCUGCUCUCCUUGCUUCUCUGCGCAGGGAUUGUGAGCGGAUUCCGCCCUAACCAUGAAUCCGGAGGCAUCUCUUCAAAUGACUUCACACUUACUGACAUCACGGAAUUGGGGGCACUGCGGGCUGUAGCCUGGUACAUGGAGAGGAAUCCUCUGCCUGGAAGACCUACCAUGGCGCCCGGGGAGCUAACAAACAUGGUCCCAUUGAAUGCAACCGGGCUCUUCAAGACCUAUUACCAAGCUGAUGUCUCUCCCAGCCGAUUCAUGAAAGCCAUCCAGGAAAUUGUCACUGAAAAUAAUCUAGUGGAAUCAUCUAAAGGAAACAGCGACUACUACUUCUAUUGUGAACAGAUUAGCAAAAGUAUUAGGCGAAUUCAAAUUCUGAGUGACUCCAUGCUUUAUAGUCUGAGAGGAGAAUUAGAUUCAGCUGCCUUGAAAGCAUCUCGCCUCAAUGCUGGAAGAGCUCUUUUCGUGGUUCAGAAAUUCUUCAGCAACACCAACUGGGUCGAAAUGGGAAAGGAGAGCCCUUACGAAUACUUGUUAAAUCCAAAUAGUCCAGUCAUUCCCACUGCACCAGCUUCUAAGAAGACAUGUGUGAAUUGUAAACAAGUAUCAAGGACCGAGUUACAGUGUGAGGACAACCUCCUGGUGAAAGACAUGCUUACAAGUGGAUAUAAAGUUCCAGAUUCCUGUAAGAAGAAACUACCAGGCAAAUGUGGACAUGGUGGGAAAGAUGAUUUGACUCAAAUGUUCCCUCCCACUGGUGGCAUCAACAAGGAGACGUCCAAUCCCGAACUUUCACCACACUACCGCCUGCAUCACAAAGCAGCAGAAUUAGCCGUUGAAGCUACCAAGAACUUUUUUGUUGGAGACGGUAUCGGCCUCUUAGCUAAAGUGGGAGAUGAUACUUUUAAGAAGUUUUUCAACCUGGAUGGUUAUUCCCUCACCUUUGUGGUGGACACCACAGGCAGCAUGUCAGAAGACAUCCACCAAGUCAAAAUCAAAUGCAUCGAACUCCUCCGAAAGUAUUCUAGCUCUCCGGACAAACCUUAUAAUUACAUCCUUGUGCCCUUCAACGAUCCCGAUUUUGGACCCGUCACUAAUACCCAAAGUGUGGACGAAUUGGAAUCUGCAAUCUCUCGCCUGACUGCUACUGGAGGUGGUGACUGCCCAGAAAUGUCCAUGUCUGGCUUGAAACUGGCUUUGCAACAGAGCAUGCCAAGAUCUGAGAUCUUUUUCUUCAGUGAUGCUGGAGCAAAAGAUGAGCAUCUGAAGGGAGAAGUGGACAUUCUGAUUGAAUCUACUCAGUCCAAAGUGAACUUUCUCCUCACAGGCUAUUGUUCCAGUAGGAAACGCAGAAGUGUUCCUGAGGAUACGCCUAAGACAUAUGCGAAUAGCUAUGAAGAACUGGCAGAUUAUUCUGGCGGAUUCUAUGUACUCACUACAAAACGUCAGCUUUCACAGGUCCUGGGAAUAAUGGAGAAGUCCCUGAAUGCUGCUCCUGUUAAAUUGAUCGAUGGCCGAAUGCAUACGUCACAGUUCUCCUUCCCUGUAGAUGAAACCCUCAAAGAGUUGACCAUCUCUGUCACAGCACCAAGUUCAUUCAGCAUGAAUGUGUUCCAACCUUCAGGUUCUCAAUUGACAUCCAUGAGCAUGUUGAUCAACAUGGACAGCCAGAAGGUUGUGAAGAUAUCUCCUAUCCCUGAGCCAGGUUCAUGGACUGUGAAAUUGGAUCCCAUAAACACUUAUACAAUAGUGGUUGGAGGCAAAAGUCUGCUUGACUUUUCUUCCCAGAUUAUGGAGAAGGGGGAUGAGUAUGUGCUUCCCGUCCAAGGACGACCAGUGAAAGGGUUGAACUACACGGUCUCCAUGAAGCUGAUGGGGGAUACUUCAGGCAUGCAAGUCCUGCGCCUGGUGACUCUUUCUGAAGAUGGAACUCCUCUAGAAUCUAUACCUUUGAACCAAUCCUUCGAUGCUUUAGGCAACCUCUUUGCUGUUGGACCUAUUACCUUGCAUAGCCCAAGAACCUUGCUGAAAGUGGAGGGUAUUUCUCCCGGCAACUUCCCCUUCGUACGAAUCAGCGGUGAUUCCGUUACAACUGAAUUUGUGCAGAUUCUGCCUCUGGAAGACCAAAAUAGCACAAUGGCACCUGGUGGUACCUUGGAACUUUCUGUCUGGGUGGUCAACUAUGGAGCAGCUAGAACAUAUGCUUUUAAAGUUUGGGAUGAUCGAGGUUUCCUUAUCAGCUAUGAGCCAAAACAACGUUUCCUGAACACAGGAGAAAAUAUCACCCUGACGGCAACUUUUAAUGCCCCCAAUACAAAUAACAGCUAUGCUUCCAGCGUUGUGACAUUCACUGCUAACAGCGGUUCUGCUCAGAACUACCUGAAAAUUCCCAUCAGCGUUAUUCCUGAAAUAGCAUUGGAGACUGAUGAGAUCCCACCUGUGUACCAUCUCAAAGAAUUUUUCAUGCAAUGUAGGGGCAACUUCCAAAAUGUACCAGAAUGCCGUCUUCAUAUUUGGCUAAUGUCAUUCACUGCAGUAGAUGCCCAAAGUGCCGUCACCGUCACAAUCAAUGCAAAUCCUUCUGGCCUCACUUGCACCCCAAAAGAAGGUGAUAUGAAGCAUAUGGUUUGUGAAUAUAGGUCAACCUGCUGUGAUCCUUUUGUGGAAGUUUUGAUGAGUGAUGAGGAUGGAAACACAAGCAGUUUCACGAUGGGCCACAGAAAACCUACGCCUACCCCUCGUCUUCAUUAAAGCAUUUUACCCUCUACUCUUUAGUCAAAACUAGACAACCCAUGAGCCUGGGUCAAAGAUAAGAGAUAUUUUCUUACCAGAUUCCUCAAUGUCAUCAACAAUGGCAGAUGUAGGAGAUGGCCCUGCUCGAGGAAGGGGUCAAACGUGUCAUCAGUCAUGAAUCCCUUUGGGACCACAAGAGAUCUAAGUCCAGCCCACCUUGAACUCCUUUGACUCUUAUCUACUGCCAAUUUGCUUUGACUGUUAGUAGCUCAGAUUCUUGUAGAGAGCUUAAGCUUGCAAUAAAUCUUCAUACUCA